GCCUUACUUCACACGGUAGAUAAACGCGCGAAACCAACAUAAAGGAAUAGUUUUGUAAUUGUUAUCAAAUUCAUUUUAUUUGCUGUAUAUAUUGCUUGAAUAUUUUGAUAUAUUGUAGAAUUUGGACGAAUUGAAAAUCUAUUGAAAGUAUAGAUUAACGAUGUUACAUUUUUCUUAAAGCUUCUUUUGUGAUAUAAUAAUAGAUAACCUGUUUAAACAUUAUUUACAUCGUUCUUUAUUCUAAAUAAUUAUGGAUAGUGAUAAUGAAAAAGAAGCUCCCUUGAACAUAAGUAACGAAAAUGAUUCAGGAAUACAACGACUGAAGCCAGAAGAAAUAGAAGAAUUAUUUAAAUUGGCCAACAUUGAUAGUUCAGAAGUAUAUCCAAUAGUUCAAAGUCUUUAUUCUUCGGUGCCAGUAGAUAAAGAUACUGAUGAGUAUAAAAUUUUGGAGCUCGAUCAUCAUUUGAUAGAGGCUUUAAAAAUUGGAGAUACGCUUACUUUUCGGGGAGAUGAAAAUGAACCUGCGGUACUGUGCAGCAGUACUAGAACAUAUGAAGUCAAAGAAGCUGAAACAUCAAACACAUGCCUGCUAGUGCCUAACUUGAAAUGUGCAGAUGACAUGAAGGAUGAGGAUAUUGAAGGGCACAUUGCUGAAUCAGUUGAAGUAAAAGGUGUAUACAGUAAAUAUCUUGAAGUACGGGAAAUAAGCCCAAAAUUAAGUAAACUUCAGACUUUAUUAGAACCAUCCUCGUUCAAAGGGAUGGAGUAUGAAAAGUUAAUAGACAAGUCAACUCUUUAUGACUGGGAAAGAAUUCAGGAUAAUGUUCAAGCCAGCGAUGGAGAAAUAUUAAAAGCUCUCCCAGAACUUUUAAUAGCCCAAAUGGAUGGCUACUAUCGGCUUAUUUCUUUUGAGUUUGAAGCCAAAGCUGUACCACUCAUGCUGGAUUUAAUGGAAGAAAAUUCAUGGGAGAUUGAUGAAGUAGAUAAAGAAGUUUCAUAUGAAUCUUUAAGUGAAAUUAUUCCAGAACCAAUUUUCGAGCUACUUUUCAAAAAAUAUACAGAAUCAAGUACAAAAACAAACAAAAAUGGAACUCAAUUGUACAAGUACGAUGAAGCAAAGUCAAGCAGACUAUUGGCCCAAAUAUUAUUGACUGCUUGCCCAACAAAUAGCUACAGCGAUUUUAUGGAAGCCUGGAAAAUUGGAAGUCCUGACAGUAUACAACCAAAAGAAGAAUAUCUUUAUGGUGUAGCUAUUGUAGUUAAUAAUAGUCAAACAAUGAGAAAGGAAGUCAUCCUGUAUCCUGAGUCAAAUUUGUCUGAUGAUAUUCAGAAAAGGUUGAAUGAACUUUUUAAAGUAAAGGAAAAAUGGACAGUAAAAGAAAUUGCUCCUUACAUAUCAAAAUUCACCACGAGAAAGCAAGAUGUAAAUGCUAUUUUGACCAAACAUGCAAGACCAUCCACAGUAAAUGGUGUAAAAUAUUACAGUUCUAAGCAUGGCAAAUGAUAGAAAGUAAAAAUAAUUUCGAACAAGAAGUUAACACAGAAUGGUACGUUACAUACAGAAUGUAUAUUUAUGUGAAUAAAGCAAUUUUAUAUCUUUUCAUAAA